AUGACAUUUAAAAAUGGAUUUUUAUGGGGUGGCGCGACUGCUGCUAACCAGUGGGAAGGUGCUUACAAGGAGGGUGGUCGCGGAUUGGCCAAUGCAGAUGUACUACCUCACGGGAGAGACCGUAUGCAGGUAAUCGUUGGCGAUAUGGUGAUGUUGGAACCUGAUGAAGAUCAUUACUAUCCUACUUUAGAAAGUAUUGAUUUUUACCAUCGUUAUAAAGAGGAUAUUGCGCUUUUUGGGGAGAUGGGGUUUAAGACAUUGCGUCUGUCCAUUGCUUGGAGUCGUAUUUUUCCCAAUGGUGACGAUGCUGCGCCGAAUGAAGAAGGAUUGAAAUUUUAUGAGGAUAUUUUUAAAGAAUGCCACAAGUACGGUAUUGAGCCGCUGGUGACCUUAACGCACUACGAUAUUCCCAUGCAUCUUGUCACCACCUAUGGAGGCUGGCGCAGCCGUACGGUGAUUGACUGCUAUAAGCGGUUGGUUACUGUUUUGUUUGAGCGUUAUAAAGGGUUGGUCAAAUACUGGUUAACAUUUAAUGAGAUUAAUAUCAUGACAAAGGCCUAUUUUAUGGCGGCAGGUAUCAUUUUUGAGGAAGGAGAGGACCGCUAUACCUCGAUUUACAACGCCGUUCAUCAUGUGCUGGUAGCUAGUGCAUGGGCGGUGAAAAUCUGUCACGAGAUAGACCCAGAUGCUCAGAUUGGGUGCAUGCUUAACGCCGGAAUAUAUUAUCCCAUGACUUGCAAUCCCAAAGAUGUAUUGGCUGCUCAAGAGGAGAACCGCACGCAUUAUAUGUUUUCCGAUGUACAAGUUCGGGGGUACUAUCCUGCCUAUGUCCGGAAGGAGUUUGAACGAAAUAAAUACACCGUUCCCUUUAUGGAAGAUGACGUUUUGAUUCUUCAAGAAAAUCUGGUUGAUUUUGUUUCCUUCUCUUAUUAUUCCACCCGAGUGGUUGAAGACGGACAUAAGGGUAAAUACGAUUCGAAUCUUCUAAAGUCCGCCAAAAAUCCUUAUGUGAAGAUGGAGCCAUGGGGCAGACAUCUGGACCCUCUGGGCCUUCGCAUCACCAUGAAUGAAAUUUAUGACCGUUAUCAGAAGCCGCUGUUUCUGGUGGAAAACGGAUUGGGUGCGAUUGAUGAGCCGGAUGAGAACGGUUAUGUGGAAGAUGAUUAUCGCAUCGAUUUUCUACGGGAUCAUAUUAGGGAGAUGAAGAAUGCGGUAGAAUUGGAUGGAAUUGAUCUGAUGGGAUACACCACCUGGGGACCUAUUGAUCUGGUGAUUGCUACUAAUGGCGAGGAUUUGGAC